AUGAUGACUUUAGAAACAUUGAAUUGGGAAGUUCGCAACUCCUCAGCUCAUCUUGAUCUUUACGACAUAUAUGGAUCAGAAAACAAAAAAUACUUCUCAAUCAUGCUAAACCAUGGAGGUAGUUUCUUGUACUAUCCAAAUCGAGAUUACUUUGGAGGAGUCAUUGACCAUGUCGACUUCAUCAACGUUGAAACUUUCUAUGCGGAGGUAUUUCAUAACAUCUUAACUUCUUUUGGUUAUGAUGUCGACAGAACAUUUGCAUAUUCUUUAGUCUCUUUUGCUCCAUUAGACGUUGGCCUAAACAAGCUUGAAAGUUGGAAGGAUUUCUUGAACUUUGUCAAAAAAGUUAAAACAGAUGUAUUUUUUUGUGUUCAACAAAUUUAUCUGGAGCAUAAUCAAACCACUGUUACAACCUUCUACCCACAAACAUUAAACUUUGCAACCAACAGUUAUCUGUGCACGAUACUGUAUUCAAUGGUUGCAUCAAAUUCAAAAAUUACUGUUUGGGAAGCUAGGAUAAUACUUUUUGGCAAAUUAAGCUUUUGGAUAAAUGUUGACAAACUCAUUAAAGCUUUGGAGUACAUAAAGUUUCAAGUGAAUCUUCUGGGAAAGUAG